UUAGUUUCACGUUCUCUGAUCUGCAAUCAUAAAGUAUAAUUUAGGCCAACUUAUGUAUUUUCUUUGCAGUAUUUAGUAGUUGUAGCUUUAGUGGCCUAUUUUUCAUUGUUUUUACCUCUUAUACAAGGUAAAUAAAAUGUUAAUUAAAUUCGAUCAACACAAACUUUUGAAGUCACAUAUACGGAACAUAAUGGUAAUUUUACGUCACAAUUAGACACUGUAAUUUUCAUAUAAUUGUAUAUGCAAAUUAAAUGUACAAUUGUUUAUACAAAAUGACUAUACGUUAACGAAAGUAUGUUUUGUCGCAGUGAAAGUUCAAUUCUUCAAAAGAAAGGAUAUGUUCUUGGUCCUGAGUUGGGCCAGGGAAGUUACGCUGUUGUAAAAAGUGCUACUUGGCAAAAACCUGGAAGUACAGACCCGUUAAAAGUAGCUUUAAAAAUUAUAAACGGACCACAGGUCCCACAAGACUUCAAAGAUAAGUUUCUGCCUCGUGAGCUGGAUAUUGUAAAGAUUUUGAAUCAUGACAAUGUUAUUCGCACGAUGGAAAUAUUUACUGGAGGAAGGAAGACAUACUUAAGUUUAGAAUUUGCUGGACGUGGCGAUAUGCUUGGCUACAUUCAAAUGAGAGGCGCCCUGGAAGAAAAGGAGUCGGCAACAUUGUUCAAGCAGCUGGUUAAUGGAGUGGGAUACCUACACGCGAAUGGCGUUGUUCACCGCGACCUGAAAUGUGAGAAUGUACUGCUUAGCAACAGAAACAGAAUUAAGGUCGCAGAUUUUGGGUUUUCCCGCAAAAUGAGCUUGCGUGACUUGAGCAUGACGUUUUGUGGAAGUGCAGCCUACGCUGCCCCAGAAAUCCUACAGGGAAUACCUUAUCGUGGACCCGCUGCUGACCUCUGGAGUAUGGGUGUCAUUCUGUUUGUGAUGAAUUGCGCAAUCAUGCCUUUCCGCGAUAACAGCAUGAAAACUCUGCUCCUCGACCAAAAGCUGCCGUUACGUUAUACCGAUAAACUAGACAAAUCACUUACCGAUAAAGCCAAAGAAAUUAUGCAAGGGUUGCUCGUUUUUGAUGCCGAUAAACGACUACGAAUGCACGACGUGGCAGUGCAUAGUUGGUUAAAACAGGCCGUGAAACCGGAUAGCGCUGCAGACAGUGCGCCAAGUAAAAUUGAAAAGCUUCCAUCAAGCACUGGUAACGAAGCCACCAAUAGCGAAACCAAUAAAUAAAGCACAAAUAUAAAACCGAGUUGUUCUGUACAAUUAGAACACAUGCUCAACAAGACUCAAACACGAAUAUCGCAAUACUGUAUUUCUACUCAUUCGGUAAAAACGGGAAUUUCCCUUUGGUAAGGUAAAUCCCCACAACGUCUAUACACAUGGUCCAUGGACAUAUAGCUUGGAAAUACAGUAGCGA